CAGAGAGGGUGCGUGGUCAUAUGGUCAUCUUCUUCAUUUCUUUGCAGACCAAAAAAAAUUCCAUUUCCCGAUGUGUAUCUGAGAGAGAGAGAGAUGACCAGAAGAAGUUUUCUUGGUCUGGUAAAAGCUUGGGAGUGAGGAGCGUCAUGAACCACUAAGAUAAAAAGAGAUAAAAUGCAGUGUGUGGAAGACAGAGAGAGAAAAGAUACCUAAAACGUUAAAAACUCACACUGCUCUGCUUAUUAAUUUCAUCAAAUCAAAUACAACUCUCUCUCUCUCUCUCUCUCUCUGCGUUUAUGCUUUCAUGGAUCCGCUUUUCUCUCUUCUUCUUGAUGAUCAAUGAUCACAGCAUCCCCACAAGCUUUUCUUCUGCUAUUUUUCCACUCCAAACUCUCACAAACCGUGACCAGUCCUAAUCCUACUUUUUUCUCUGCAGUUCAAAAGUCAUCAACACACACACUAGCACUAGUACUACUAAUUCUGCUUCUAGCUUCUGUCAUUUUCAUAAUUUCAUUCCUGUUUUCCCAUUUUUGGAGAAGCUCUAGCAAUUGGUUUUCAUCCGUCCAUAGACCACCAUAUCAAUCUUUCUAGUUUCUGUUGAAAAGCCAGAAGCAGUUUUCUCCUUUUUUUACUAGUUAUGGGAAUGAGGGAGUGGUAUUGGGGUUCUGGAAAAUCCUCCAAAAGAGGUAGAGGUGGUGGAGGACCUCCAGAAAAAGACAUCACCACCUCUUCUGGUUGCAUGUGUGCCGUCUUUCAAUUGUUUGACUUUCACCAACUUCAGCUUGCCAACCUACACCACCACCACCACCACCAACCUUCUUUCCACCCAGAAGAUCUCACUGUACCAAAAGGUGUUGAAGCACCUAGGAACAGCUUGGAUUCAUCAGAAGGGACUUCAUUAUUAUCUAUCACAAAAGAAGAAGAUAAUUUAAACAGUCCAAUUUUGAAAUUCCAGAAGGGUAUGCAGAUCAAAACAACCAAAGCAAGAACUUCUUCAGUUGAUUUUUCAUCAGAUAUUAGCUCACCAGGCAUGACAAAGACUCCAAGUUUGGUAGCAAGGCUAAUGGGUCUUGACCUUCUUCCCGACCAAACCAACUCACCCUCUUCAACUUCAUCAUCCAGCACCACCACUCAUAAAAAAAUUUCAAAGGCCAGCAAACCACUCAAAGGUAGAGCAAGACGACAUGUCGUCAACACUAGUGACACUGCGGAGGGAACCCGCUCAUUGCCUGAGACUCCAAGGAUAUCAUCAGCCAGAAGAUCAGACGUUGAUCUUCACCACCGGCUUUCGCUUCAAAUCAACAAGGAGAAUGCUGGGGUUUCUGAGGACUUGGAUUUUUCCAAGUCUUCGUACAAAAGGAGGGACUUAAAGCUGAUUAAUUUUGGGGAUCAUGAGAACGUGAAAAGCCCAAGUCACUACGCUAGGCAAAUUGUGAAGCAGGUGAGAGAAGGUGUGAGUAGGAGAGUUGGUUUGGACAUCACAAACACCUCCAGACCAUCAGUCGUCAACACAGACAACAACAAGCAAGGCAGAGAUGAGCUGCUUCUCCAACUCAAAUCCAAGAACAUUGCCAAUGCUAAUGCUUCUGCUGCUUCAAAAAGUGUUUUUGCCAAGGAAGGAAGUAGUACUCCAGCUUCUUGUUCUCCCAGGAUCAGAUUCUUGGAGACCAACGGUCCCAAAGAUCAAAUUCAAGCCCUUCCUCCAAAACCCAAAUCACCUCUCUCGUCCUUACCUCUAAAGCCAAAGCCUUUGCAGCCAUUGAAAGAAGAACAGCGGCAGCAGAAGCAGAAAAGCCACACUGCUUCAGUUCAGAAGCGUAGACCAAAAUUAGCAGAUGAUAUUGGAUACGGUCCAAGGAUGAAGAAUAAGCAGAAGGAAGAAGCAUUCGUGAGUCCAUCAGCGGCUACAAGAGCCAUCAAGAAUAAUCAUAUUAUUCCAGGUGACAAGAAAUGCAAGAAAACCCAAUUAUUGUUGUCAAGCAAUGUCCCUACCCUUCUUCCUGUCAAGAAAAAUCCUUCACCUCCAGCUACCAAAAUUCCCCCAAAACAGGUAUGCACGUCGGACACAUUACUAGAUAUUCCUCCCUUUUUUUCUUUAUCAGAUCGAUAGUCCAAACUAUUCUAAUGCCGGUGCAAGGCUUAGUUACAUUGUCUUAACAACCUGACUUUUCUUUACCAAGAUGAUAGUUGAAAUUAUUAGUUUGUCAGAAUUGAUCAUAUAUAGAAGAAAUUUUUCAUUGUGACCGGAACAUAAAUGGUAUACCACGUGUUUUUAUAUAAGUAGUGAAAAAUUGUAUUUUUUAAGUUAUUAACUUUUUAACACAUAUAUCACACCAUUUAUAUAAUAACACAUGAUGUACCACCUGUAUUCCAAUCACAUUGAAAAAUUUCUUCAUAUAUAGCAGUGGCUAACCUGUCAAACUGACUUUUUUACCCAGUCGAUGGUUUAAACUAUUUUAAUGCACGAGUACAUGGGUUAAUCACAGAGUCAUGCUACAUAUUCGUCCUUGAUUAUAGGUUCAAAAUUUUAUUAAGAUCAUAUCUGUGCCGAUUUUGCAUAUUAUUCUUGGUAGCUAGAAGCAUAGAAGUACUUUUACCAUUUUAUGAGUCUAUUCUCUUAACUUAUUAUUAUUAUUAUUAUUAUUUGUUGCAAUGUGUUACACAAAUAAAGGAGCAGCACAACAAGAAGUAAUAUCUGACGCCCAACAAUCGAAACGUAGGCUGUCACGGUUAUCUAGUUCCACGAGCCAAACGUACUACAAACAUCAACAAGUGUCCCGGCCCCACCACGUGCUCGCCACCGGCGACAUUCCUAACGGUAACACCGGCACCACCAUCAGAUCAGCCACCGGUGCUGGUGGAGCAGAGGCAGAGCUGCACCUGUACGUGACAAGAAUCAUAGCCCGUACUGGCAUCGAUAAAGACACCCUAGUCUCCUUCACAAAUUGGUUCUCUCCUUCCCAUCCCCUCGACCCCUCCAUUUUUUACCACCUCGAACACUCUUUCUCUACCACUAGUAUUACCACCACUAGCGGUAAAAACGAGUCUUCCAGUCAGCUUGGUCAUAGGUGGAACAGAAAGUUAGUGUUUCACCUAGUGGAUGAAAUUUUGGUGGAAUUUUUGAGACCCUAUAUCAACUUAAAGCCAUGGGUUACGAGCUCGAAUAAUAUUCAAUUUGAACAUUGCAAUGGUAUGCGUAUCAAUGGGCCGCAUUUGAUCAACAUUUUGUGCUACAAAAUUCAGAGCUUCCCAUCUGUUGACUGUCAAGUUCUCGAUGACAUCGAUGCAUUAAUCGACAAGGACUUGCCGGAAUCAAAGGUGCAGAGCGAAAUGGCAUUUGAGGAAGAAGGAGAAGGGAUUGUUAGGGAGGUAGAGAAGGACAUUUUGGACACUCUCAUACAUGAAACGGCUAUGUCCCUAUUGUUAUGAGUAUUACAUCCCCAUGAUUUUAGUCCAAAACGGCAACGUAGCAUGGUAAGGUUUGGGGUGCAUGCAGGAGGAAGGGUCAGAGGAGAGGACUGAGGUCACAUGGGUGGAUCACGUGAUGAGAUGCUGUCGGUCCGGGGAAUAGUUUUUAGUUGGGGGGUUGUGGUUGUGGGGUCGUGGCAGAUUGGGAGCUGUAAAAAGGUAGCUAGGAGGAGGCUGAAUGUUUUGACAGCCCGACAACCUUGGCAGACGACCCUCAGAGGAAUCCAUUCGCUUCUCUCCAACCCUUUUCUAAUUUGUAUAUUUGCUUUCUUUUAAUUUCAAAUUUUUUAUAAUAUAAAGUUCAAACUUACAAGUACAA